GUUCCUUUUGUGCGGACCAGAGGUUAGGAGGAGCUGGAAGGAGGCAUUGCAGGCGCAAGGAUUGAGAGGUUCUCAUGUCCUUUGAGGAGGUGGCUGUGUAUUUCACCCAGGAGGAAUGGGGGCUGCUGGACCCAGGCCAAAAGGCUCUGUACAGAGAAGUCAUGCUGGAGAAUUAUGGGAUCGUGGCCUUUGUGGGUAGUGGGACACCGUCAGUGCCACCUUCGAGAAUAUCUCCUCCUUUGGGUGGAAAGAAAGCGGCUACUGUGAAGGCGCCGGUGAAGUUUGCAGAGGUGUCCGUGCGUUUCACGGAGGAAGAGUGGGCGCUGCUGGAUCUGCGCCAAAGGCUCUUACACCUGGAAGUCAUGCUGGAGAAUUACAGGAACGUGACCUCUCUGGUUCCCAAACCUGAUCUCAUCUCCAGACUGGAAGAAGGGGAAGUUCUGUUCAUCCCAAACCCUGAGGAGGGGGAGAAAUCAGCAGAGAGUUAUAGGGAGCUACAUAGAGUAUCAUCAGAAACAACCGAGUAUGAAGUGAAGGAAGAGGCCUUUGGCAGCCGAAAUCAAAGAAUCCACACUGAGGAGAAAUCGGAUGAAAACUGGGAGUGUGGAGAAAUUUUCCCUCGUAGGGCAAGCCAUACUCCACGCCAAACAACCCACCAAGAAGUGAAAACACAUACAUGCUUAGAGUGUGGAAAGACCUUCAAACAGAAGUCAACCCUUAUUUCUCAUCAGAGAAUCCACACAGGCGAUAAAUCAUAUGAAUGCUUGGAGUGUGAGGAGAGCUUCCCUUAUAGCAGUCACCUUGCCGCACACACAAAAAUUCACUCAAAGACAAAGCAACAUAAAUGCUUGGAAUGUGGAAAACGAUUCAAUGCGAUCUCCCUUCUAGUGAUACAUCAAAGAACCCACGCAGGGGAGAAACCAUACAAAUGCUUGGAGUGUGGAAAGAGCUUCUGUCAGUUGUCGACCUUAAUUGGCCAUCAAAGGACCCACACAGGGGAGAAACCCUAUAAAUGCUUGGAGUGCGGAAAGGGUUUCAACCAGAGCACAACCCUUACUGCACAUAAAAGAAUCCACACGGGCGAGAAACCCUAUAAAUGCUUGGAGUGUGGGGAGAGCUUUACUUUGAGUACAAGCCUCUCUUCUCAUCAGAGAAGCCAUGCAGGGGAGAAAUUGUUUAAAUGCUUUGAAUGUGGAAUGAGCUUUACUCACAGAACAAACCUUACUUCCCACCAAAAAAUCCACACUGGGGAGAAAAGCUAUAGAUGUUCAGAGUGUGGAAAGAGCUUCAACCGCAGCACAACCCUUACUGCACAUCAUAGAAUCCAUACAGGGGAGAAGCCAUAUACCUGUUCAGAGUGUGGGAAAAGUUUCAAUUAUAGCACGCACCUUACUAAACACAAAAGACAUCACUGUGAAUCCAUAUAAAUGCUUGCAGCAUUGAAGGAACUUCAAUAUUUAGUACCCAGUCUAAUGUUUCACCCAAAAACCCAUUGAGUUGCUGUGCAUUUCUCUACUAUUUUGUGUUUUUAAUAAUUUCUCAGGCCGUUGUAUGGUGAAUAUUUGCUAAUAAUAGUCCUCAGGAUACUGGAUUAUUUAGGAGGGCAGGAUAGAAAUUCUUAGCUAGUUAAGAUUCAUUACAACAUAGUAAGAUGAUUGCUGGAAGAUGGUCGCUUGUACAAAGUUAUUGAUAUCUUGUGUUUAAUGGUUUUUAUUUUUGUGAAAUUGAAAUAAAUGUAAUAAAUGAAAAUGAAAUAA